AUGGAGACAGAAUUUGUCAGACCCUUGUUAGCCAUACUCAUAUUUUUUGCUAUUUCCCAAAGAGUUACAUUUGCUCAAAAGUGUCCUAAAUAUCGUCCCCGGAAGUACUGUUUCAGGGACCCGUGCAAAUCUGCAUAUAAAGGCUGCGCUGCAUUUCCAGAAGCCACUUGCAUAGCUGAUUACUGUGGUGGAUGUAACCCGGCGUAUUUCGUUGAUGGGAAGCGGGUGAAAUGCACAGUGUGUGAAGUGAAUGACGUGAAAUACAAGCCUGGUGAGACCUACACGGCUGAUGACGGCUGUAACGAGUGCACCUGCAACGACGAUGGCAGUGUGACCUGUACGACAGAGGAGUGCCCAACAGUGUGCAGUUAUAACGGAGGCACGUUUGACGUAGGGACAGAUUUUCAGGAUCCUCUCAGCUGCAACAUGUGCUUCUGCAAGUAUUCAGGUGUGGUUCAGUGUGAAGACAAACAUUGCCCCACAGAAUGCAAGUAUGAAAAGAAGAUUCUUAAUCCUGGUGAAAAGUUUUAUGACGGCUGUAAGCACUGUACUUGUAUGAAAUACGGCGAAAUCUCGUGUGAUGUGUCCAAAUGCCCCAAAGUCUGCACAGUCGGUGACAAAACAUACAAACCUGGCGAGCAGUACAAGGACGGGUGUAAGCUUUGUACCUGUAACGUCUACGCUAAGAUCACAUGUGAAGACAAAUAUUGUGAUAAAACAGUUUGCAAAGUUGGAGACAAAACAUACAAACCUGGUGAGCAGUACAAGGACGGAUUUUGCAAAGUGGGAGACAAAACAUACAAACCUGGUGAGCAGUACAAGGACGGAUGUAAGCUUUGUACCUGUAACUACGACUUGACAGUCACGUGCGAAGACAAAGACUGCAAAGUUUGCAAAGUGGGAGACAAAACAUACAAACCUGGUGAGCAGUAUAAGGAAGGGUGUAAGCUAUGUACGUGUAAAUACGACUUGACAGUCACGUGUGAGGAUAAAGAUUGCAAAGUUUGCAAAGUGGGAGACAAAACAUACAAGCCUGGUGAGCAGUACAAGGACGGAUGUAAGCUUUGCACCUGUAACAAAGACUUGACAGUCACGUGCGAGGACAAACACUGCAAAGUUUGCAAAGUUGGAGACAUAGCAUACAAACCUGGUGAACAGUACAAGGACGGAUGUAAGCUUUGUACCUGUAACUACGACUUGACAGUCACGUGCGAAGAUAUUAAACAUUGUAAAGUUUGCAAAGUGGGAGACAAAACAUACAAACCUGGUGAGCAGUACAAGGACGGAUGUAAGCUGUGUACCUGUAAAUACGACCUGACAGUCACGUGCGAGGAUAAAGAUUGCAAAGUUUGUAAAGUCGGCGAUAAAACAUUUAAGCCUGGUGAGCAGUACAAGGACGGAUGUAAGCUUUGUACCUGUAACUACGACUUGACAGUCACGUGCGAAGAUAUUAAACAUUGUAAAGUUUGCAAAGUGGGAGACAAAACAUACAAACCUGGUGAGCAGUACAAGGACGGAUGUAAGCUGUGUACCUGUAAAUACGACCUGACAGUCACGUGCGAGGAUAAAGAUUGCAAAGUUUGUAAAGUCGGCGAUAAAACAUUUAAGCCUGGUGAGCAAUACAAGGACGGAUGUAAGCUUUGUACCUGUAACUACGACUUGACAGUCACGUGCGAAGAUAUUAAACAUUGUAAAGUUUGCAAAGUCGGAGACAAAACAUACAAACCUGGUGAGCAGUACAAGGACGGAUUUUGCAAAGUUGGAGACAAAACAUACAAACCUGGUGAGCAGUACAAGGACGGGUGUAAGCUUUGUACCUGUAACUACAAUCUGUCAGUCACGUGCGAGGAUAAACACUGCAAAGUUUGCAAAGUCGACGACAAAACAUACAAACCUGGUGAGAAGUACAAGGACGGAUGUAAGCUAUGUACCUGUAACUACGACUUGACGGUCACGUGCGACGAUAAAUACUGUAAAGGUUGCGAUUACAAGGGCUUGAAGUUGAAAAACGGUGAACACUUUUACUACGGCUGUAAGAAGUGCAAAUGUGACGGCGACAAGAUCACGUGUGAUACCAGCUCGUGCGCACCAGUAUGCGUAUUCGGCUUGAGGGCCUAUAAACCUGACGAGACGUUCAAUGAUGGCUGCAAGAAAUGCAAGUGCAACGACGACUCGUCUAUUACGUGCGACAAAUGUGAAGAAAAAGUUUGCAAAGUGGGAGACAAAACAUACAAACCUGGUGAGCAGUACAAGGACGGAUGUAAGCUGUGUACCUGUAACUACGACCUGACAGUCACGUGCGAAGACAAAGACUGCAGAGUUUGCAAAGUCGGAGACAAAACGUACAAGCCCGGCGAGACUUAUAAGGACGGAUGUAAGCUUUGCACCUGUAAAGACGAUUUAACCGUCUCGUGCGAAGAUAAACACUGCAAAGUUUGCAAAGUGGGAGACAAAACAUACAAACCUGGUGAGCAGUACAAGGACGGAUGUAAGCUGUGUACCUGUAACUACGACUUGACAGUCACGUGCGAAGAUAAGGACUGCAAAGUUUGCAAAGUUGGAGACAAAACAUACAAACCUGGUGAGCAGUACAAGGACGGAUUAUGCAAAGUUGGAGACAAAACAUACAAACCUGGUGAGCAGUAUAAGGACGGAUGUAAACUUUGUACCUGUAACUACGACCUGACGGUCACGUGCGAGGAUAAGCAUUGCAAAGUUUGCAAAGUUGGAGACAAAACAUACAAGCCUGGUGAGCAGUACAAGGACGGAUUUUGUAAAGUCGGAGAUAAAACAUUUAAGCCUGGUGAGCAGUACAAGGAAGGAUGUAAGCUUUGUACCUGUAACUACGACUUGACAGUCACGUGCGAAGAUAUUAAACAUUGUAAAGUUUGCAAAGUGGGAGACAAGACAUACAAACCUGCUGAGCAGUACAAGGACGGAUGUAAACUGUGUACCUGUAACUACGACUUGACAGUCACGUGCGAAGAUAUUAAACAUUGUAAAGUUUGCAAAGUGGGAGACAAGGCAUACAAACCUGGUGAGCAGUACAAGGACGGAUGUAAACUUUGUACCUGUAAAUACGACUUGACAGUCACGUGCGAGGACAAACAUUGUAAAGUUUGCAAAGUUGGAGACAAAACAUACAAACCUGGCGAGCAGUACAAGGACGGGUGUAAGCUGUGUACCUGUAACUACGAUUUGACCAUCACGUGCGAGGAUAAACAUUGCAAAGUUUGCAAAGUUGGAGACAAAACGUACAAACCUGGUGAGCAGUACAAGGACGGGUGUAAGCUUUGUACCUGUAACUACGAUUUGACGGUCACGUGCGAGGAUAAACACUGCAAAGUUUGCAAAGUUGGAGACAAAACGUACAAACCUGGUGAGCAGUACAAGGACGGGUUUUGCAAAGUGGGAGACAAAACGUACAAACCUGGUGAACAGUACAAGGACGGGUUUUGUAAAGUCGGAGAUAAAACAUUUAAGCCUGGUGAGAUGUACAAGGACGGAUGUAAGCUUUGCACCUGUAACUACGACUUGACCGUCACGUGUAAAGAGAAACAUUGCAAAGUUUGCAAAGUGGGAGACAAAACAUACAAACCUGGUGAGCAGUACAAGGAUGGAUGUGAUAUAUGCCCGGGAGGAGCGAAACCCCUGGACUGUUCUAAAGCUACUGGCUGUGCCAAUUCAUACUGCCCGUGGAAAUGCAUGUAA